AUGGUGUACAUAUCGAGUGAUGGCCAAAGGAGACCUUCACUGAGCAAGCAUGGAGCCGCUGUUUCCCAGUUGUCGGAGCAGAUCGCCGACUUCCACAAACAAAGAAUCCCAUUCCGCAUAUACCACGGCAACACCAACUCCACACGGCCCAGUGUCCGCACGCGCUCUGCGACCGUCGACACCUCAUCACUUAACAACAUUAUCUCCUUGUCUGUGUCAAAACAGAUAUGUCUCGUUGAGCCGAACGUACCGAUGGACGCUCUCGUCGCGGCAACAUUGCCUCAUGGCCUCCUACCGCCCGUGGUGCCUGAGUUCCCAGGUAUAACUGUUGGUGGCGGGUAUGCCGGGACGGCAGGAGAGAGUAGCAGUUUCAAGCACGGCUUCUUCGACCGGGCGGUCGAGUGGAUCGAAGUGAUUCUGGCGGAUGGAGAGGUGGUUACCGCUUCCAGCUCUGAAAGACAGGACCUAUUUUACGGGAUGCCGGGGACGUUUGGCACGUUGGGUGUCACGACCUUGUUCGAGAUCCGGCUGAUACCAGCCAAGCAGUUUGUUGAGCUGUCGUACCUUCCGGUCGACUGCAUCCAACAAGCGCAACAAGUGCUGAAGCAGGUCAUAGAUGAAAAUAAAGCCGAUUUUCUUGACGGAAUCAUGUUCACUCCCCAGGUAGGCGUUGUCAUGGUCGGCCGGUUCGCGGAGCGGGUUGAACAGAACAAGAGUCUCCCUAUCGUGACAUUCACCAAGCCGUGGGACCAGUGGUUUUAUCUACAUGCGGAGGAGAUGACGAAGGACCACCACCACCACCACCACCACCAGCAGAUCACGGGGACGGAACUCAGGCUCAACGCAGCGAGCAAAACUGGCAACUCCCCCGUCUCGCGAGACUUGAUUCCUACCACAGACUACCUCUUCCGGUAUGACCGUGGUGCGUUCUGGACAGGGCGGUAUGCUUUCACUUACUUCCUGACUCCAUUCACCCGCUUCAUGCGCUGGCUGGGUGACACGUACAUGCACACGCGCGUCAUGUAUCACGCCUUGCACCGGUCGGGGUUGAUGCAGAGAUUUAUCAUUCAGGACAUGGCCCUGCCGAAUGGCAACGUCCCAAAAUUUUCCGCCUGGCUAGACGGAGAGCUGCCUCACAUCUACCCCCGCUGGCUCUGUCCACUCAAAAUGGAAGCAGAUAUCCCGAACAUGCACCCGCACAUCCCAAGAUCGUCAGAGGGGACCCGAAGCGACGACUCUGUUCUGAAUAUUGGCGUGUGGGGCCCCACGCCGCGAUACAUGCACCAGGUCACCGUCAACAGACGCAUCGAGGCCCAGCUGAGGUCGCUACAGGGAAUGAAAUGGCUGUAUGCACAGACCUUUUACACCGAGGACGAGUUUUGGGAGAUUUAUGACAGGAAGUGGUACGAAACAAUGCGGGAAAGGUACAACGCCCAAGGGCUGCCGAGCGUGUAUGAGAAAGUCCGGACCAGAUUCGACGUCGAUGCCAAUGGCACCGUGGUCGGCGAUGUGAGGCUCGGUAUCGAAAAAGGGUUCUGGAGCGUCUGGCCCUUUGCGGGCAUUUAUGGUGUCUUGAGUACGUUCAAAGGCGGUGAUUAUCUGAGGAAACGGUGA